AUGACGGCCACCUUCCAGGCGCCGCCGCCGCCGCCGCCACGUGCGUCAUCGUCGACCGUCGAGAACAUCGACAACGUCGACGCCUUCGCCCGCAAGCUUUACAGGCGCGCGCGCAGCGCUGGCCCCGACUUCGAAGAGAUCGCCGCCGUGGUCCGCGGUCUGCACACGGUACUAAAACACCUGAAGGUCGAGGCCGAGGACCCGGAGUCGCUACUCAACGCCGACGGUAGCAACAGCACCUCCGUCUACGUACGCCAGCUGACGCCCAUCAUCGAGGACUCCGAUUUCGCCCUGAAGCAAUUGGACACGAUACUGGGAAGAUACUACGCGCGGGGAGCAGCUAUAAAUGGAAAUGCCAGCGUUGGUAGCGAUGGGGAGAGUGGUGUCGGCAAGGCUAUAAACGACGGGGACAAGGGCUGGGUACUGCUGGAGAGCCGCGAGCGCGACAUGAUCGAAUUGAUCCGGACGAAGCUGGCGAACCAGAAGCUCAACAUCGACAUGUUUCUCGACACCGUCCAGCUGCACAACCCGGCCAAGUCGCGCCAGAUGGUCGACACUACCAGUGCCAACCUCGACUCCAUCAAGGACAAGGUGGACGCCAUCGCGUCGCGCUUACUACAACGCAAGGACUCAAAUCUUGUGAGCGAGAAUGAGGAUGAACUAUGGGAACAAUUCAGAGACGCACUGGAAGCGGACGGUUUCUCGAGGGAUGUGCUGCGGAAGAACCAGGAUGUCCUACGCGCGUACAUACGCCAACUCGACGAGCAGUUCAUGGCGCAAGGCGGCAGGACCCCGUCCGUCCGAGGCUUCCUUGAGAGCUACCACCCCGCAGAAGAGUCUGGGCUGCAAGUCGCACCAUAUCCAGCGUACAUGUAUUCGCAACCUGCAGAACUGGAUUCGAAGGAAAUAUACAACCCCAGCGUUGAGAACGAAACAUUCUUCCCUUCAAAACACAUGGAGCGGUUACAUCACGACGAGUAUCCGCCUGCGCCGUCUGCUCUACGACAAAGCCAUACUGGGCUCUCGUAUGAGCAUCACUCGUCUGAUGAUGAAAAUGACCCAGCAACAGAUGCCAUGGCGCUCAUCUCGACGCGGGAUCUUAUGGCUUUAGACAAGAGGAGCGCCGACCUUGCCAUCGCGAUGGACAGAGUGCACUUGCAUCAGCAGCCGCCCUCCGCGUAUGCAAAUAACUAUACUAUUUCCGGCUCACCAUCAGUCCGCUAUGUACCGCCGUCAUCCUCGCAGCCCGCUCUCCUGUCUUCCUCUCCCACCACCUACCCGUACGACCAUACUGAGGGCGACGCGGUCAUAGACCAAUACGCCUACGACCACGCUUCGCCGCGCUUCGUGCCCUCAUUACCUCCUCCACCGCUCGGUAAAAGUGAUGGUAGGCGGAGUCCACAGCCAACGCUUCGUUCAAAUUCCAUAUCGGCGCCCUCCGUCAUUGGGGAGGUACAAGCUUUACCACCGCCUGUCCUCCCACCGCCAACCUCUUCAUCAUUACCCCAGCAACAGCAGCAAAGGUGUGCGCGCCUCCUGCCCGACAGCCAGGGCCGUGAUAUACCACUAGAGGCGAAAUGGACACGCAUUCGUCGCAGCCUGGUGUCUCCCGUGGUACUCGCACAGGCCGGCGUACGUUACGAGGCACGGCCUGAUUUCGUGGCCGUCUUGGGCGCGUUAACCCGCGAGGAGAUCGCCGAGUAUGCAAGACGCAGCGCCGAGAUCAGGAGCGGCCGGCGUCAAUCUUUCCUGGGCGCGCCUGCCUCGAUGGCAGCGACGCCAAACAAUUCCGUCGGUGCUCUCCCUGGCGUUCGUGAAGAAUAUGAAGGCCAUGAUAAAGAUGAGAGUCUGAAGCGAUCAUUGAGCAGAAAGGACCGUAAAACUGAAGACAGAUACCAUCCCGACAAGUACCGCAAUUGGGACGUUAUCGAGGGACAACAGGAGGGUAAGGGGCCGGGCUACGUGGUUGACGCGCGCGACGAGCGCCAACGCCGUCCGCGUCGUGGCGGCCGCACAGAUAGUUCGGUCAGCGACCUUUAUGACUCCAGCGACGAAGAGGCAUUGGACGAGGGCAAUGAUGACCGGGAGCCCUUCCCGGCAUACCCGGGCUCCAUUCGCAAUUCGUAUCCGCCAUCAGCGGCAAACCCGGUCUUGCAGCGAGCGCACUCGAGUUCCCAGCCAUACCAUCACAACUUCUCGUCCUCGCCAGGCAACAACCCGAACCGCAUGCGGACCGACAGCGGGCUCGCGGACAUCAGUUCCAACUCGAGCUUUGCAUCCGGAUCCGCAUCUGACGACGGCGUUGAGCAGAAGGGCACCAAGGUCUACCCGUACAUCGUUCCGGCGCCAAAGGAGGGGGCGGAGAACGCGCGGAUGAACGGGGCUGCGAGUCCCGCGGCAACGGUCAAGCCGAAGCCGAUACUGAAGAAUAGAGGCGAUGACCCGCAUGUACGCUUCAAUCCCGAGCCCCAGGUUCUGGACGAGAGUGUCGGGUCUCUGCCGCGGAGCAGUAGUCGGCGAGACAGAGACAGAGACAGGGAUCGCGAGCGGGAACGAGAACGCGACCCUCGGGAAAGGGGAGAGAGCCUCAGCCACCGACAUCGCGACCGCGGUGACAGUAUACGAGACCGGGAAAGAGAGUCACACAGAGACCGCGAGAAGCGCUACCGCUCCGACCGCUACCUCGACAGAGAGCAGGAGCGCGAACGCUACCCGGAGCGAAACAACUCGGACCGCUACCGGGAGCACCGGCAUCAUGGUGGUGGUGGUGGUGGUGGUUGUGGCAGUAGAUAUGCAAGCGUGAACCCCAGCUCUCGACGCGGCGAGAGGGAGAGGGAGGACUAUUCUGCUCCGACUAGUGGCAACUCGAGCAGUCGUCGCAAGGACGAGCGCGCUACGCGGAAACGUACCCGCGGAGAUACGCUGCGCGCGGUGGGCAUUGGGGGUGCGGCGGCGAGCCUGUUGAGCGUGCUUACUGAGGCUGCGGCUGGUCUGUAG